AGAGGCUGCUUCACGUUUUCUACACUUGUUUGGUAAGUUGAAAGCGUUGACACCAUGCAGAGGACCAUGCACGAGCCUCUGCAGUUUUAUGAGACGUUGGCAAGAGUGAUGAACUCAGACCAGGAAAGGCCGUUCAUUUGCAACGCUCCUGGCUGUUCUCAGCGAUUCCCCACGGAGGACCAUCUGAUGAUACAUCGACACAAACAUGAGAUGACACUUAAGUUCCCCUCCAUAAAGAAUGACAACAUGCUAUCAGAUCAGACACCUACACCUACACGUUUCUUGAAGAACUGUGAGGAGGUGGGAUUGUUUAAUGAUUUGGACUGCUCCAUCGAGCAGGAGUUUUGCAAAGCCCAAGAAGAGGAAGACAGUAAACAGAACAUCUCACUGCAUGGCCAAGCAGGCCAAGGCCAGCACCAGCAGUCCCACUCACGGAUGGCCAAUCAUGAUACCAGCAUAGUGAUCCAGCAGGCCCUGCCCUCUCCUCAAUCCAGCUCCGUCAUCACUCAGGCUCCAUCCACAAAUAGACAGAUAGGGCCUGUCCCAGGCUCUCUGUCCUCACUACUACACCUACGAAACAGACAGAGACAGCCUCUGCCUGCCUCCAUGCCUGGAACUCUGCCAGACCCAACCAUGCCUGGCUCCUCUGCUGUGCUGAUGCCCAUGGAGCGACAAAUGUCCAUGGGUUCGAACAUGAUGGGUAUGCAAAGCCCCGUCCGCAGCAGUUCCUGUUCCUCCACUCACAUUCCCUCCAUGCACUCAGAAGCCAAACUGAGGCUGAAGGCUGCACUUUCGCACCACCCUGGUGCCAUUGCCAACGGCAACAUGAACUCCAUGGGCCACAUGAUGGAGAUGAUGUCAUCACGGCAGGAACAAGGCGGCCAUCAUCACAUGCACUCGCUCCCACACCAGCACCUGCAAGCCCCUCCACAUGCCUACCAGCACCAUGGGCACCACCACCACAGCCAGGGCCACAGCCAGGGUGCACAUCACCAUCCACAGGGACACAAUCCCCAUCACAACUCUCACAAUCCCCACCUCCAUCCUGGGCACCCACACCAGACCUCACCGCACCCUCCAAUGCACUCUGCAUCCCAGAUGUCACCUGCAACUCAGCAGAUGCAACCCACGCAGACGUUGCAGUCACCGCCACCCAGCGGUGGGCGGCGCAGGCGAGUAGUGGACGAGGAUCCAGAUGAACGGCGGCGAAAGUUUCUGGAGCGAAACAGAGCGGCUGCAACAAGAUGCAGACAGAAGAGAAAAGUGUGGGUGAUGUCCUUAGAGAAGAAAGCAGAGGAGCUCACUCAGACAAACAUGCAGCUUCAGAAUGAAGUGACCAUGUUAAAGAAUGAGGUGACCCAACUCAAGCAGCUUCUGCUCACACACAAGGACUGUCCCAUCACCACUAUGCAGAAAGAGUCCCAAGGUUACCUCAGUCCAGAGAGCAGUCCAGCAGGCAGCCCAGCUCCAGCAUGCUCCCAGCAGCAGGUCAUCCAGCACAACACCAUCACCACCUCCACCACGACUGUAGGGGGCAGCACUGUGCACGGGCAGACCAACCACCGCACAGACAUUAACCCCAUGCACUAGGGUCAAGAGCUGCAGCUACGAAACCCCCUCCUGUCACCACCCCCUGCUUCCUGAGGGUUACCAGCUGCACAUGCUGCCCCUUUCCAUCAAGAAAAACCUCAAAGGCCUGUGAGGCUGUUCUUUUUACAGUAGCUACAGUAUAUUUUCAUAGAGCAACCCAAUCAAGGCAUAAAUGUUCUAAUUUAGUUCAUUCUUGUUUUUUCUUACUGCUUUUUACAUGCUUGACUAAAAGAGAAAUUUGUUUAACUCAUGCACUAUUCCUGUGAUUUCCUCUGCUGUAUAACGGUACAAAACUGACCACAGUGCUCAUGGAACCAGAGGAAAGAGACUUAAGCAUCAGACUGUCAUCUCUAUAAACACGUCUUACAUCUCCAUAUGCCUAAUGGACUGAAAAAUGAGUUAAAUCAUAAUCUGUGUGCCACAUUUGGAUAGUGUGCUCAGCAUUAGCAACACAUGUUACAGAGGAAAAUUAAAAAGACCUUAAAAAGACAGGAAUAUGCAAGCAGGUAUAAUACUUCUCUUCUUUCCUUGGAUCAUGUAAAGAACAUAUAUGACUGUUAACAUUUUCCCAUUAUUAUGGAAUAGCUUUAUUUUACACAGCCUGACAGUGAUAACACCACACGAACAAACAGAAGCAAUACAUCACAGUAUUGAUCAUCUUUUCUACUGUUUACCCACAUUUUGAUCAAAAUGGCCAAGGACAUACAAAGCUGUUUCAGCUUUUCAGAACUGUACACUGUGAUACUGGUGAGGCAGCUCAGGGGUUGAGACCAACUCCUCCGCUCUGCAGGACCAACUCAAGCUUUAAUCAUUGAGGUCUCCUUUUCUGUGUGUGUUGUGCAUUUGGAUUCAAAUUCCAAAUGAAAAUGAGAUUUGACUGUGUGUGUCGCCAUUAUUUUGCAUGUGAAUACUGUAAUUUUUACCUUUUUUUUUUACUUUAUGCCUUUGCAGAACAAAGUUCAGCAACUGUUCUUAGACAGAAAAAGAAAGAAAUUUGUGAAAGUAGCAAAGCAUGUAACUUUUUUUUUUUUUUUAACUUUAUGGUUUCCUUUGGGGAAACUGGCAUCUUUGCAGUGAUCAAUCCUCUGCAUGCUUUUUAAGAUGUCACAAUGUGCCUGAACUUUUUUUUUUAGUUUAAUUUAACCACAAUAAUUAUCUUUUUUUCCCCCAGACAAAAUCUAUUAUUGAUUUUCUCAUCUGUUGCGUAAAAGGACAAAACAGAGAAAAUAUGCCUGACCUUUUCUGUCACCCUGCCAGCCUUGAAACUUAGUACCUUCUCAUGUUGACCACAGAUCCUUCUUCUCUCUUCUUCCCUAAGACCAGGAAUGUCAGAUCAGGAGCAUGAAGACCAUAAUGCACUGUGUUUUACAGUAGGAUGAGUGAAUACAUUCCACUGACAGGUGGAGCGAUCGCAGAGCUGUCUAUGCACUUUGUUCUCUGUCAUACCAGAGGUUGGAAUAGCCAUAUUAAAGUCAGAGUAAUUCUCAGUGAUCCCCGUCUUAACACACCAGCGAGAAACAUAACUGUGUUUGGCUCUUUGGAGAGACUGUGCCUGGUUUGCUUCACAUGGGAACUAAGGACUCUGCUCUUUUUCUUUUUGUCAAAGAUGAGGAAAUUGAAUGUUUUUAUUCUCAUUUAGGACAGAAUUUCAAAGCUCCAGUGAGGACUCUGCUCUUUUCUUUUGUUUUAUUUGUUCUUGUCAAAGAUGAGGAAAUUAUCUUCAAUCUUACUUUUAUUGGGGGAAGGGUGAAUUUGUGGUUUUUAUGUACUUUCUUAAUAUUGAAACCUGCUUAAGCAGUUCAGUGUGUGUGAUGAUGAGUCAGAGUUCUCUUGAAAAGGGCUUUGUUGUACCAAUCCUCUGAACUAAGCCUUUGCCUUAUUUUUACAUUUUAAAACCUUUUUUAGAUGACAAUAUUACAGCUAACCUUUUGCAUGUGCAAACAUGCUGAAGACCUGAAAAUUAUUUUAACUGAAAUAAUUAGGGGGACCUAAGAGUUAUGUGUGACUUUUUCCCCUUUCUUUCCUUUUUACAAUAGGUCCAGAAUUAGGAAAAUAUAAAGCAAAACAAACAAAAAACCUUGUUACUGUGUUGGCAAACAAAAAAGGUCAGAUGGAAGUGCAGCGUAUGUGUGUGUCUGAGGACUUGUGUGUGAGAGGUGGACAGCAGUUCCUAUAUAUUAAUGUUGCUAUUGUAUUAUUUUAAAUCUGAAAGUAUAAAUAUUGUACAUAAUAUCAUUAAUUUCUAUAAUCUUGUAUAUGUAAUGCAACUACCUUUCUUUUUGAAAGGAGCAUAAAUGUGUGGUAUGUUUGUAAAUAAUGUUUUCAUAGCACUUGUUGCCUUUUGUUGUAUGCCGAGACUCAUUCCAGCGCUUAAAUACUUUGUGGAUAUGUAAUGAACUGAUGAAUUCAUUCUUGCCUGCAUAACUUUGUACAUUUCUUUUGUGUGAAUCUGUAAUUACAUUGCCUUCAUUUUAUUUUGCAUUUGUACAGAUGUUAAAGUAUCUUUGCAGUUACAUUAUGGUAUGAAAAUAAAGCACUUGUUCUUUACCAUACAACUUAGUUUUAUGAUUUGACAUCACUUUUAAUGAAAUUUAUUUCCAGUCAUUUCCUGUGCAGAUCGUUUUGUGUAAGUAUAAUUUUGUGUUCAGCAUUUCCUGAUGCCUGUCCUUGAAAAAUAACUGCUCAUGAAAUAGUCAGAUGCUUUAAAGGUUUAGAGUAGUCAUUAAUUAUUGAAGUGUCUAGACAGCUUGAUAGAUGCCUGAUGAAAUAACAUGGCAGUUAA